AUAAUAGAAAAAAACGAAAGAAACCUUAAAUUAAUGUUGCAUAGAAAACAACUACCGGGGUGGUACACAUACAUACACUACUACCAAUACCAAAGAAAAGAGAGAACCCACCAUAAAUAUUCUAUUUUCCUUCCAUUUAAUAGCUUUGUCUACAACUUGGUGGUUCCUAUUCUUCUAAUUCCGAUCCAGAUCUGAAUAAUAACAAUAAUAAUAUAUAGAGAAGAGUAAAAGAAAGAGUAGUUGUGAUCAUAAUCAGCAUCCACAGCAGAAUAAUCGGAAUGGUGAAACAGGAGGAAAGGUUCUUCUCCAGACUGUUAUCCAAGGAUACAACACAGCCAAACUCGUCUUGCAGAGUCUACUACGGAGAAGCAGCUGGCGCAAUCCCAUUCGUCUGGGAGUCACAGCCAGGUACUCCUAAACACACCUUCGAAUCCAACACUCUCCCUCCCCUAACACCACCUCCUUCAUAUUCCACCACCACCACUACCACUAAUUCUUCUUCUUCUUCCAAAUCAAAACUAUCUAAGCCAAAAUCGCUUCUUCUCCUUCUCAUCAAUACUACCACAACUUCAAUCUUCUCCAAGAAUAAGACUGCCGCCACCGCUUCAGCUGCCGGCGGCGGUGGCGGAGGUGGACAUAACAAGCUGUGGCAACCUUCUUCGUCUUCCUUCUCCUCGUCCUCGUCUGCUUCUUCUUCUUCUUAUUCUUCUUGGUCGAUUUCUUCGUCAAGCUAUAACUCUACUUCUUCUACUAAUAAUAAGCAGAAAGCGUUGCUUCAUCAAAACCGACGUCGUUUCUUUGGUUCGAAAUGUCCAACGUCGUCGUUUGAUUACGUGGCGGCGGAUUAUAAGGACGAUGCUGCGUCGAGAUCUCCUAAUUCGGCUUUGUGUUUUCCUAAUAUGACGAUGAGAAAGAAAAACCAUUGGAACUGUGUUUCUGUUGGCUAUGUUAAUUAAUUGUUUAGAACCAUGAGAUUUUAAUUUUUAAGUACUAUAUAGAUCAAGGUUUAAUUAAUAAUUACUACUAUGGUUAGUGUUUUUGUUCAUGGGUACUUAUUCAUAUAUUUAAUUUUCUAUGAUUUUGCUAUUAUAAAGUAUCACGGAUACUUAUAAUUAGUAGCUUAAUUAUUGAUAUUGGUAUAUUAUUGUAAGUAUUAAUGUGUUCACAUAUUACUCGUUUUUGUAAUAUUAUUGUCAUGCAUAUAUAUAUAUAUCUUAUUAUUAUGAUGAUAAUAAUGUGAACCAUUUAAUCCUUCGAAUGAUGAUCUUUUGUACAUUUAUUUAUUUUCAAGUGAAAUAAUUUAUAUAAUGAAUUUGGUCGGAAUAAUAAAUUCAUGAUUUCAA